AUGGGUGUUUCUCAGUGGAUUGAAGUAUCAGGCAACAACAGGCCAAGAAUUGUGCGCACCGUCAGGAUGGCGUUUGCUGGGACAAAUGUCAGUUUGUCCCAGCCGGAUAUAACGCAAAAACUGACGGAGCGCAUAGAUGAUCUGAAGCAGAGAAUCGCUGCUUGGGGAAAGCGGAUUCGGCGAUAUACCGAGAGGUCGACACGGUUCAACCAGAAUCGUCUCUUCCAGAGUGAUCAGAAGAGGCUCUAUGAAUCAUUGGAGCGACCAAUGGUAAGUGGAACGGGUCCAGCACCGAAUCAGGCCGACACUGUAGCAUUCUGGCGCGGCCUGUGGUCAGAGCCCGUAAACCACAGCGAGGGCCCUUGGACGGAAGUUGUGGCGAGUCAGUGUGCGGGUAUUACGCCCAUGGACCCCGUCAUCAUAACGCCGGAUGACGUAGCUGAGGCGGUCCGUAGGGCCCCGAACUGGAAAAGUCCGGGGCUUGACGGGCUGCAUCACUACUGGCUGAAGGGGUUCAUGGUGUGUCACUCUGUGCUCGCCCGACAGUUUCAAGAGGCUCUCAACCAGAAGUCGCUCCCAAGCCUCUUCACUACUGGGAUCACUCAUUUGGUUCCUAAAGACCAGGAUCACCUAGUGAAAAUGAUCUGCCGUCUAAUGACGGGAGCCAUAGAGGCCAUGGUAGUCGUGGCGACCGUGGCAACCAUUAUGGUGGAGAACGCCCUAACAGUCGGAGACACCGGGGAGGCCGAAGAGGACGCGGAGGACACGACAAUCAGCCCUCCCAAGCAAGGAUGUACCCCAACUCGUAAAGAAUGA